GUUACUCUGCCUUGUCGAGAAAAUGGUUGCAAUCGUUUAUGGACCUUACAUACAUGCUGAGAGCAACGCUCAGCCUGAUUUUUGAAAAGGUCGAUAUCUUAAGUUAAGUCAACGCGCGUCCUACAUCCGCAUGCAGCAGAGCUGAGUGAAGUUAAUCAGGAAGGCGAAGAAGUUAAAGGCGGGCUGCUGUCUUUUACUAUCAGUGAAGUCAUACCCUAGAGAGUUGCCAGGCACCUUGUGAUGCUGGCAGGCGUCUGGGCGCAGGAUCGUUGUCAUUACGGUCACGCAGCAGUGAAGCAACCUCCGACUGCAUACGUACAUGCCCCUGCCUUGACUUCUUCACCGCAACAAUGUGUGCAUAGGGGGCGCCAGACGACUGCCCUAUAUGUUCCGCAGGAAGAAGAAGGAGCGCUCGGACCCAAAAGAGGCAGCCAUCACAGCGGCACUUGAAGCAGCCAUCCAGACGGGCCACCCUCCGCUGAGACAGGGAAGUCGUGAGUCGGCAGUGCACACGUCGCAUCGUGGAAUACCAGCCGCCAAUAAUCACACUCAGGGAAACACAGACAUGGUGCACAGCAAUCGACCUGGAGAUCACAUGGUGCUAAACAGCAGCUUGUUCACUGAUGCAGCCUCAGGAUUGCCUGUGGAGCUGAGUGUAGAUUUCUCGGUCCGGUACGUGGGCAUGAUUCACAACGCUCAGGGUCUCCAGCAUUCGGAGGAGGACGAGGUGGACUUGAUCAAUGCACUGGAUCAGGCUCAGAAGGAGGCCCAAUUCAAGCACGCAGAGACCCAGCGGGACUGUGUUUAUCUCAAUCUCUCCAAGUACGGCGUCAAGAUCAUUGAGGCGUUCUCUCCAGCUCCGCAGCUCGUUCGCUGGAGAUUCGGCCUGAUUGAGGUCAUUCGUCUCGUACAUUUUGAAGACUCCACCGGCAGCCAGCUGCUGGCCAUGAAAAUUGGCAGAGAAGGGGAGGACACGUACGACUGUUUGCUGUUUCAGUGUGAGCACCAGGGUCAGGCGAAGCAGAUUUGCCAACUUCUGGAAGUUCUCUUUGAUGCCGUUUGCCAAGAUCCAAGUCUUCAACCGCUAUGAACAAAUCUUCCUCCGUUUCCAAUCACCGUAGAUGAUGGGACUGUUCCACAGACCUGGUACACGAUAGCUUGUCUCAUAUUUAUAUCGUUUUGCAUUAUUGUGAAAAAAGAAAUAUUUAUAUGCUCACAUGUGAUGAGUAUGUAAGUGUAUCCAAGUACUUAGAGCUAUAUUAUGAUAUAAAUAAAUAUAUAUUUACUUACUGUAAAUACUUGGUACUAUAUUUUGUAGACUAUUUUCAUUUCAAUUAUUUGGAAGAUUCUAUGCAACACAAUUUUGUAAAGUCACCACUACGUCUGUACCUUCAUUGUCAGUGAUUUUUGUGAGCUUAUGAUAAAGUACAAAGAAGAGACAUAAUGGAGGGGGGGGGACUUGUCCCUUGCCCUACCCUACUUCCCAGGCUCAAAACCAGGAUUACGCUGCUGAUCACAGGUUACUCCAAGAAGGAACUCCAACCAAAACCUGGUUCAGUGUGCCUGGCCACCUCAAGCAAGUUUCGUUAACUUAAGAGCCAGUGUUAAAGACGGUCGUGACCAACUACCGUAGCAACUGAGAGCAGAGUUGCCGUGGACAGUUGGACUGUCGAAGCAAUCACCCAUUUGAUGAAAUUGUGGAUCAGGGUGAUGUGAAAUUAUAACAGCAAGGAUGCGUUUGCCCAUCACUGGCAUCCCUCCGCUAGUGCAUGCUUUUCAACGGAGAGGAACAAUUUGUCUUUACAAGACACAGAGUACGCGACAGCGAAAAGGAUCUGGAAAAGAAAUGCAUUAUAUGGCAUUCCUCUGAACAGAUUCAUAAAUCGUGUAAAUACGCAGUUCCAGAUGUUGUUUGCUUUCAAGGGUUGUGUCUGCGGAAUAUCAGCCAAAAAACUUGCGCAGUUUGUGUGUAGUGAACAGCAAGCUUGCCAAAUGGUUCUGUUGUGUCGUCGGUUUUUAUGUUCUUGUUUAGCCCCACACGCUCGGCUUAUUUAGUUUCCAAAAUGAUUGGAAAAUUUGUGAUCAAACGUUCAAAGAAAGCAUGUAAAUGUGUCUUUGGCAGAUUUUUACUCCUGAUGUGUGGUCAACUUUUUAAGUCUUGUUUGUGGCAUUGUCUUCCAUAAUUGUCAAGUUGACAUGGAAAUAUCACGAGGCUUUUCAGAAAAAAGAAAAGAAAAAAUAUUUUUGUGAGAUUUGAUAUCUUUAUUUCUAUUUUCUGAAAUUAAAUACUUGGCAGUUAGUACUGUGACUUUUUAGAUGGUGCUGAAAAAAAGUAAAAAAUGCUGCUGUCUUUACAGUAAAAGUUUUCUUCAAUUAACUGAAAGUGCCUUGUUACGAAACAAAAUCUAUCGUCUGUUCAUAUAUCAGAAAUGUGUUGACCUUGUUUACACAGACGUAUGCAUUUUACCCCGAACUCUUUUAGAUCUAUUAAAAUCCGCUGAAAAGAUUUGGAGGAUUUUGCAGGAUUGUAAAGAUCUGAGCCAUUUGCAUGGGACUUCAUGCCCUUUGGAAGUUAGGAUACAAACAUGCUGUGUGUUCCAGCAGAGUGAAGGAUUUCUAAACGUUCUGUCAAGUUAUUAUUUUCAUAUAUUCACCAUUUUCUUUUUCUCAGUACUUGUAUUUAUGUGGCAUUUAGGCCAGGUGUUUUGUCAUGUACAGAAACCAUAACUUUGGAAUCUUUUUGAAAUUAUGUUUAGAGUAAUUAAGAAAGCGGGAUUCCAAGAUGUUUUAGAUGCUUUGAAAGGCUGAACAAGUGCAUGCAAAAGUACCUUACUUACGGAGCGUGUGCCAAACUUAUUUCAGACAUUUUUAAUGAUAGAAAUCAUAAAACUUACUCUAGGGCUGAAUUUGUAUGAAGGUACUUCAGUAGACAGAGGCAGUCAAGCUCAGAGGUCUCUGCCAAAUAGUGAAUUGGUUUAGGAGGGGAUAAAAGUCAAGAACGUGGUCAUUGGACGAUGAAUGCACAAAGGUAAGAUUACAAAAGAAGUGAUGACUUCAGACCAUCACAGUUUAAGAAAUAUUAAGUUUUUACAUGACAAAAGCACUCAAAAAGUUCUCUGUCAGGUGCUUUUUGUGUGCUUAUUUGAUUAAACUGUAAUUUUUAAAAGAGAAAAAUGUCUGAAGUCUUGCUUUUUAAACAUCUUUCCUGCGUGCAUUACCAUCCAUGUCUCAUGUUUUCCAGCUUUAUUCACUGCUAACCAGUUGAGUAUUUGGCAGAUUACUCGACACUUGUUAAUUAUUUGACAACAGUACUAGAUGAAAGCAGCGUUUGUGUGUCUUGGCUGGAAUUACGGGAAAGAGGAAUAUUCAGCAUGUUUGGAAAAUUUGGACGGCAUUGUGGUGCGUCCCCCAUCAUACAGGGCCUCCAAAAUAAGUACUGUACAUGUAUCAUGAUUUCUGGAACUGUAAAUGUACAGUUUGGCAUUGGGCAUGGGAAGUCCAGGCCCAUUAAAAUGAUUAUUCAAGUUCUGUUACAAUAAUGGUUUAUUUAAGUUCCGUGUGCUUGAAUAAGCCUGCAGAUUAAAAAAAAGGAGGGGCAUUUUGAAGGUCAAGAAACUGUCUAGUGCUCGGCGUGUUGUUUGACGUGAAUGUGCAUGUAGGUGAGAUAUACAGUAAAGAUGUGCUGCAUGAGACGAGCCCAGCACAACAGAUAUCAGUAUUAAGUUUGAAGCGUAAUUCUUGUUAACUUUCAUUACCGAGUUUCUGCAUUAACCUAAAAUGUGAACUUAGUACCAAAGGAAUCGACGCCUUGCUCAAGGUCUUGAUAGUAGUUUGAAUGGGUAUUAGUGUAUGAGUUGCCCUAACAUAGAGCUUGACACAGAUUAUGCACUCCCUAUUUUCAUGGUCUUGGAAGAUAACUGUGGUUGAGACUGAAGAGGUUUUACAGUGAGAAUGAAGUAUGCAUGUAGUACUUGAUAUUUCUUCCAUGGUCGCCCUCUUUGGGCUUGCAAGGAUAGGGGGAAUGCUUUCUCUGUUAAUAGUUUUGUAUGUUUAUAUACUUUUUUACUCUUAAGAGCUACCCCAGUCAUAAUGUGAAUUGUGACGAGAGAUUUUAAGAAGGUGGUGGUAGGUCAUUAAUGCAAAGGCUACAUGCAGUGCUUUUUUUGUUUCCAAAGAUUGGCUUUGUUCCCAACGCAUAUUUUGUCUCUGAUAUUGCUUGUCAGCCCCCAGUGUGCAAACUAAACCCAACUACUUCAGUUGGUUGAUGUGCAGUUCAAUGCGUCUCGGCUGUAAAAAAACAACUUCUCAUAGAACUGUGAACUCCAAAGGCUGCCUGUCAUUGUGUCUGUGACAAGCCAAGACAAAGCUAAAAUUUGAAAGCCCCAAACGGUUGAGAGGAAAUUAAGGUGUAUAAAGAAUGCCAUCAGGGUCAUAAAAAUAGUUUUCAUCUUUGUUGAGCCUGAAAUUCACAGAAAAUAGCAACAAGAGACAAAGGCAAAGACCUUACUUUACACAAAAUAGAAAAAGAAGUCAAAAGUGUGUCACCCGUUUUGAUUGACAAUCACUAGUAAGCACUGUCCAUUUUUGACUUUGCUUUGCUUUAUACUUGUGAAAUGGAAACCUGGUUUAAUUAAUGACAAAGCAGGAGAAGCUUCAUUUACUCUUCAAGUUUAUUCUGGGUACUUCUUCUGUAACAUCUUUGAACACAAUGCAUUUUUAUUCCUCGUUUGAAAGAACCUUUGUUCAACUGUGGACAAUAAAAAGUAAUGUUCAACUUUUUCAGUGA